AUGGACGAGCCUUACCAUCGUUGCUACGUGUGCAAAAAAGAUUUUAAUACUUCUAGCUUUCUCUUGAGGCACAUGAAAACAUGCAAACAACCUGUCAUCCAAAAAACGGCUCCAACGAUCCACGUGUCCACUAACGCGGAUAAAAAGUACCACCAGUGCACGGUGUGCCAAAAAUGUUACAGCACCCCAGCUUCCCUCCGAAUACACAUGAGAAGCCACACGGGUGAGAGGCUCCACCGGUGCUCGGUGUGCCAAAAAAGCUACAUCACUUCGGGCUCCCUCACAGUGCACAUGCGAAUCCACACGGGUGAAAAGCCCUACCGUUGCCCGGUAUGCCAAAAAGGUUUUAUCGCCUCGGGUUUACUCGGGGUGCACAUGAGGCGCCACACGGGCGAGAGGCCCCAUCGGUGCACGGCGUGCCAAAAAAGCUUCACAGCCACCAACGAGCUUGCGGUGCACAUGCGCACCCACAGGGACGAGCGUCCCUAUCGGUGCUCGGUGUGCUUGCAAGCCUUCAAACGAUCCGACCACUUGAAGUUGCACGUGCAGCGCCACACGGGCGAGAGGCCCCAUAGCUGCUCGGAGUGCCAAAAAUGUUUCACGACUCCGAGGUACCUUAAAAUACACAUGAGGACCCACACGGGGGAAAAGCCCUACCGUUGCUUGGUGUGCCAAAAAGGUUUUGCCACCUCGGGUAUACUCGGGGUGCACAUGAGGCGCCACAAGGAAGAAAAACCUCAUAGCUGCUCGGUGUGCCAAAAGAGUUUUACGACUUCCCAGGCGGUCAAGUCGCACAUGUUUACCCAUACGAAUGAACGCCCGUAUAGUUGUUCGGUGUGCUUGCAAGCCUUCAAACGAUCCGACUACUUGAAGACGCACGUGCAGCGACACAAGGGAGAAAAUCCUCAUCGUUGCGCGAUGUGUCAAAAGAGUUUUACGUCGUCCAGUUAUCUUGGGGUGCACAUGCGAAGUCACGAAGUGCCAUAUUGCUGCUCUGUGUGCCAGCAAGCUUUUAGUCGAGACGACGAUCUUAUGCUGCAUUUGCGUCAAGAGGCCAUUGCGGUGCUUUACCAGAUGGAGAAGAUUAGAAAGGCCAGACAAGUGUGA